UGACUCCAUGGGAGUGUCACUCACAGUUAGGCGUGUUCACUUUACUGUCAGUUCUCAGUCGGACAAACACAGCUAAACGCUUUCUCGCAGGCGAAGCUGGUUCUGCUUCCUUCGCUACUUGUUUAUUAAUUUUGUAAGCGCUGAAGCAGUUUCUGAGUGAUUUCGCUCUAGGCGUCUGUUUUAAAGACAAGACAGAAUCACUAACCGGCGCUGCCGACCUCAAGACAUUAAGUGUUAUUCAGAGGCUCUGGCGUGAUGUCAGACCCGGGCGAGUCAGAUGACAGAGAGCUGAGGCCCAUAGACUUCAUCCAGCUUCAGCAGUACAUUGACUACUGCAGUCUAAAAGUAAAAGAUGUGUUAAAGGAAUUCAAUGCAGAUGGCAGGUUAGCGAAGUACAGACACGGAGAGUGCAUUGAUGAGGAAGGUUUCCGGCUCUUCCUAAAGACAUAUUUGGAGGUGGAGGACUUCCCAACUAAUCUGUGCCAGCGGCUAUUCAAAUCCUUCCAGAACUCAGAGUCGGCAAAAUCAGAUGAAAACAGGGAAGUCUUUCUGAAGGAUGUAUCCUGUUAUUUCUCUCUCCUGGAAGAUGGGCAGCCCAGGGACAAACUUGAAUUUUCCUUUAGACUCUAUGACAGAGAUGGCAACGGUGUUCUGGACAGUUCGGAAGUGGACCGCAUUAUUGCCCAGAUGAUGCAUGCGGCAGAUUACCUCGGUUGGGAUGUGUCUGAACUGAGGCCUGUGCUGAAAGAUAUGAUGACAGCAAUUGACGCAGAUAGCAGUGGAACGGUGUCCUUACAGGAAUGGGUGGAGGGGGGAAUGAAUAACGUCCCGCUACUGGUUUUACUGGGACUGAAGAUGACGCAAAGAGAUGGCCAGCACCUGUGGAGGAUGAAACAUUUCAACAAGCCUGUGUACUGCAACGUCUGUCAGAAUAUGCUGCUGGGGCUCCGCAAACAGGGUCUCUGCUGCACCUGCUGCAAAUACACAGUCCAUGGCCGGUGUGCCAAUAAAAACCCGGCUCCUUGCACUCGCACAUAUGUGAUGUCAAAGAAAGAGACGGGGAUUGCAGCCCAUGACUGGGUGAGUGGAAACUGUGAUUCUGGGAAGUGUGACCGGUGUCAGAAGAAGAUAAAGAGUUUGCACGGUCUUACUGGGAAACGCUGUGUCUGGUGUCACACCAUGAGACAUGAUGAGUGUGCAACCCAGGAACCCUUCGAAUGUGAUUGUGGCCCUUUCAGAGAUCAUAUCUUACCACCAUGGGCAAUUUAUCCCGUCAUCAAGGAGAGGCAAAACUGCAUGAAGAACGGCUGCACAUUUGCAGGUGAUGACAGUGACCACAACACUACACCUGAUGGACAGGUACUACAGAUAAACCCAAUUCCUGACACUCAUCCUCUUUUGGUGUUUGUAAAUCCUAAAAGCGGCGGUAAACAGGGAGAGAGAGUCCUUCGGAAAUUCCAAUACUUGUUGAAUCCUCGGCAGGUUUAUAACCUUUCCAAUGGGGGACCAGGACCAGGGUUAUGUUUCUUCAGAGAUCUGCCGGACUUUAGAAUAUUAGUUUGUGGAGGUGACGGCACAGUGGGCUGGAUCCUUGAUGCUAUAGAUAAAGCCAACCUGCCAGUGCGCCCCCCAGUGGCUGUGCUUCCUCUUGGCACAGGAAAUGAUCUUGCACGCUGUCUUCGGUGGGGAGGAGGUUAUGAUGGGAUGGAUCUGGGCCGGAUCUUGAAGGACAUUGAGGGCAGUUCAGUGGUUCCGAUGGAUCGCUGGAGCAUACAGGUGACCCUGGAGGACAGUCAGGAGAGAGGUGAUCCUGUUCCCUAUGAAAUCAUCAACAACUACUUCUCCAUUGGAGUGGAUGCCUCCAUUGCUCAUCGCUUCCACACUAUGAGAGAGAAACAUCCACAGAAGUUUAACAGCAGGAUGAAGAACAAACUUUGGUAUUUUGAAUUUGCCACAUCCGAGACAAUCUCAGCAUCUUGUAAAAAACUCAAGGAGUGUAUCACCAUUGAGUGUUGCGGAACCCAGUUGGAUCUCAGUAGUCUUUCCCUGGAGGGAAUCGCCGUCCUCAACAUUCCCAGCAUGCACGGCGGCUCCAACCUGUGGGGUGAAGCCAAAAAAAGUGACAGAGGGGACCAGGACUUACCCGAGGUCAUAGUAGACCCUGAAGUCUUAAAAGUGAGCCCGCAAGACAUGAGCGAUGAACGUGUGGAAUUGGUGGGAUUGGAAGGAGCCAUUGAGAUGGGACAGAUAUACACAGGGCUGAAGAGCGCAGUCCGACUUGCCAAAACAUCUCAGAUUACCAUCAGGACAAAGAAGCCGUUGCCCAUGCAGAUUGAUGGAGAACCGUGGAUGCAGCCACCUUGCACCAUUCACAUCACACAUAAGAACCAAGCCAGUAUGCUGAUGGGCCCUCAAGCCAAAUCUGGCUUUUUCAACCUGAAAUAGAGUUUACCUGCGCUUGAGGAUGAUCCACAUCGCUUCAAAACUGUGUGUGCAUUAACAAGAACUCUGAAGCCAAUGAAAGUUUAAAGCCACUAUGUAAAUUUUGCAAAAAAAUGCUUACUAAGGUUUUAGCUCUUACUUAAAUCCUUGUGUGUUUUUAGGAGAUUAUCCUUACAUGAGGUACAAACUCUUCACUAGUCCUUCUUAACUUCAAUUACGCUCUGCUGUGAUAUACAUAUAUCAUAUGCACAGUUCAUUCCAAGUACAUAGGUUGAAUAUUUGUUUUACGGUUAUGUAGAUAUAUAUACAAAUAUGCAUCACUCCAAAGUAUCCAAGGUUUGAUGCACAUUGACUUUGCUGUAAGAUUAGAAACAACUCUGCAGUGCUUUUUGUUUUUCCUCUAGAUUCUUUUUCUCAGUCAAGCCUAAAUCUUCUGUUGCUACUGCAGUUACUAAUCAUGAAUGUCAAGAUUAAUCCAAGGUGCCAGUGUGCUAUUUGCCAGAACAAUGACUAGAUUUAGCGAAUCAAAAUCUGAUAAGCUUUAUGAGACAUCUAAUUUAUUUGCUGUUAAAUUGUACACCUAAAAUAGUAGGUGUAAUAUUUAAAUAGUAUAUUGAAACAAAAUCCACGGAAUGUUAACUAAUUUUAUUAGGUUUCAUUGUAUUAAGAAUGUAUUGAGUCAGUUGUGUAAAUAACUGAUUUUGCAACAUUUCAUACAUUUGCAUAGUGGUAGUUCUGUUAUUUUAUUUCCUUAAGAUAACUCAAUGGGCAAAAUCCCAUUUAAAAAGGUUUUAGAUUGCAAAUGAAUGGCACUCUGGCAAGCUUUAUAAUUUUACGUUGUUCCUGAGAAUGUAGAGGAUCUAUUAAUUUUGUGAAUUUGUCUGAAUAAACAUUUUAAUGUUUAA